AUGGAUAGGUGUUCAAUAUCUUUUGCUUGGGAAACUAAUUCAAAGUGGUUUUCAGUCAUUUUACUAUCAACUUCACUUAGUAUAUUUUGCCGAGCGCGGGCAGCUGGAGAUGGUGGAGUCCGUCAUGCUGGCGGUGGGGUGCAUAUUCUGCCCAAGUACAGGGAAUUUCCUCAGCUUACCCGGAAACAGGUGAUCUAUGGUGAGUUCUUAAGCUCACUCAUGUGGUUCUGGAUUCUCUGGCGCUUUUGGCAUGACUCGGACGCUGUGCUGGGCCACUUUUCAUAUCCAGAUCCUUCACAAUGGACAGAUGAAGAACUGGGGGUCCCUCCUGAUGACGAGGACUGAAGGAGCAAGGUGAGAAGUUUCAAGAAAUUACAGCCUUCAUAUUUAAAGUUGUAAAUUAAAGUGGUUUGCCAAGAAUGA